AUGAGUGAUGAGUCUCCUGUACAGACACGUCUCACCACUGACGUCCCGCUGGUGUCCGGUGCGCAAGAGAACUACGUGCUUCUGCUGGUGUUGUUGUGUGUUUUUGCUGGUGGGACGCUGAUCGUUCUGUCCAUCCUGCUCAUCUUCUGUCACCACUGCUGUCGAAGAGGACGCCGUUACUCCAGAGCGAGCGAUGACAUGGAGAAAACCAACACCACAUAUGUAGAAGAGAUUCAACCAACACAAGACUUGACCAUCAGACUGGAGAGCGGCGAGUCGCUGUCCACAUCCAGUUGUCAUGGUGAUACAGACACAGAGCAUUUCCUGUCUGCCGCAUGCACAGGGCGACGGGUGUCGUUCAAUGAGAGCGUUGUCUAUGAGCAGAGCACCAAAAACCAGGAGAAAGUUCGAAGGUACACGCUCACAGAAGGCGACUUUCAUCAUCUGAAGAAUGCUCGUCUGACUCACCUGCACACACAGACUCCUGCACUGAACAUCCUCACCAUCAUGGAGUGUGACUCACCUGAGAUCAGCGUCAGGGUCACUGAACAGCCCUCACACACACCUGCCCUCGCUAUAUUUCAGUCCGGUGAGGGUCCUUCUCCAGACUCACCUGUAUCGUGGAACAGUCAAAGUCCCGUCUGCGCUCUGCCUGGAGAUUCACUCAACUCCACCCUGAACACCAGCGGUACUAACGUCAACACCGUAUAUGCCACCAAACCACCACGAUCACAAACCGUGGAGUUGAUGCGCAGCAGUGGGCUGAUGGAGAAGGAUUCUGGUUCCGGUCCGUUCUCGGGGGCGGUUUGCUCCAGUCCAGCUCUGACUCACGGCACCAUGUUUCACAACCUGUCUAAACUCCGGCGUCAUGCCAGUCUGGAGGGCGCUGCGCCGUUCUUCACUGUCAAGAAGUGGAAGUUUGGCACCAUUCAGAGAGCAGCGAGUCUUGAAUUAAAAGGAUCUCCGCAGAGACGUGUGUUUCAGAGGCAGAGAGCAGCCAGCGAGACUCUCGAUCAAGGAGAGGAAAAUUUCCAAGGUAGAGUCGGUGACUUCCUGAUGCACAAACCCCCUGUUCAGCCGCAGACGAACGCCCUCAGACGCCUCUCUGCGAGUUCUCUGGACACCAGCGCAGGGUCUCCAGCUCCCCUCAGCAGGUUAGAAGUCCAGGCCGUAAUGGAGCUCAAUUACAAUGUAGGGGGCAUGACGACAGACGUGGCACUAAUGUUUCCCUCAUCACGCCGAUCUCUGGAGAUGGACAAUUCUGAAGAGGAUGGACAGGAAAUGAUCGCAGGAGCAUCAGGAGGAGGUACUGAAGAAUUUGGACUAGCGUGUCGUCAAGAGAGUUUGGAGCAGCCGAGUCUAUAUCGUGACAUCUGGAGCCUGAGAGCAUCGCUGGAGCAAUACGCCUCAUCUGACCUGAGCAGCAAUGACAGAGACUCCACUCGCAGCGAUGCUGACAGCGUUUGCUCCGUAGGUCCCUCGAGAAUGGGCGUCCCCAGCAACCAGUCCCAAGACAUCGAUGAUGAGAUGGACGGGGACGGCGAGCUACCAUACAAUGAUGUGGUGAGGGACGCAGGGCUGAGAAGAAACAGAAGAUACAGCGUGGAUGCCGAACGAGGCAGCGACGGAGAGACGGGAAACCGGAAGCUGUUGCAGAUGGACAGUGGUUACGUGUCGAUCGAGGCACCGUGUAAGGCUCCGGAGGAAUUUCGACUCUUUGGAAGUGCUUCUGGGAAGACUGCUUCAGAACGCAGACACUUUUUCACAAAUGCUGGGCGGAAAGGGAUGGUUUGCGAGAGUUUUGAGGCACGACUGUUCAAGGAAGAACUAGAAGAUGAGGUUCCAGAAAGUUCCGUGACUGUGGAGAACGAAAAUCCAAUUAGAUUAACUUCAGAACUGACCCCUGCAGCCAAACCCAGACUACGAUUCCGGCGUCGCGACUACAGCAUCGAUGAGAAGACUGAGGCGCUGUUCAACGAAUUCUUGCGCCACGAUCCUCAUUUUGACCAGCAGGGGUCGCCCUCGUUGCGCCACCGCCACCGCUCGCGAAUCCAUCUUCGGAAGCAGUGGCAGCGCACCAAACAGUACAGCGACCCCGGUGCCGCACGAUACUCGCCAUCCCUAGAGCGACAGCGCUGCUACUCACUACGCAGAGGUGACAGUGCAAACUACCCCUUGGACACGCGCUGCCAUAGCACCCUGCCUCGCAUUGCUAGCGCCGCGGAUGAAGAGGCCAGUGAGGGGUCAGUUGGUACUGAAUCUCCUGUGUUAGACAAGCCAGAAGAGCUCGAGGGUGCUGGUCCACCCUCAGAAACAGGAAGCUCUGGUCCAGACCUGGAGGAGAACAUCAACAACAGCAGCAACAACACAAGCCGUCAAUUCUCUUCAUCUUAUCUGCAGGACAACAAUGCCAGGGAUUGUGGGAUACUCAAGGACAUUGAGACAGAUACACACAAACAUUCACAGACAGACUGUGGUGGGACUUUGACCACAUUUAGUACUCAAUUACAUUCAAACACAGAUGCACUCAUGCCUGGAAACAUCCAUCAUACUGACACGGGUCAAGUGGACUACUCGCAUCACACUCUUACUGACAUCAGUCCAUCAGACAAACUGGCGUCCACUCUGGAUGAUCAGAUCUACUCAAGUCUGAGGAUUCAAAGAGGAAGUCAAGAGUGUGUAGUGACUGUAAGCCGCACCUCACCAGACCUUGAACAAGAAUAACAGUCCGGGCCAUGUUUGAAAUGGUAGAGCCAUCAGGUUUGUGUCUAGAUGGUAAAAGUUCAUAUAACAUUCAUACGUGUUUAUUUGGAUUCCUGAAGCAACCCUACCCCAAACACAAGCGCCGCGUCAUGUCAGAACAUCAGCUGAUGAAUGCCCCAUUUCUAUUUGUGACACGCUGCAGAGCUAAUCUGUCCAUAUUUAUUUCACUGUUCAUCUGAAAUAAAAUGGUUUUAUUUAUAAAUCGUAAGUGCACUGAGGAAAAUCAAUUUCUUGUUGAGCACUGAGUGUUUUGAUAUUUUUACUGGGAAACAAGAUAAAAUGACAUUAGAUAUUUUGUCUUGUUUUCAGAGAAGUCUAGUAAAAUGUAGUAAUAUUUAUGCUUACAACAAGAAAGAAUGACAUCAAAGUGUUAGUUAAAUAAAACCUGGUUCAAACCCGAUUUUGUUAGAUUUCUCUGUAAGCAAGAAAAAACAUAUGCCAUUCUGCUUCUCAAGUGUUGUUUUUCUUAUUUUGAGGAAUUUUGUCUUAUUUUCUGGUCAAAAUAUCUAAACAUUCUUAAAACAAGACAAAUUUACUUGAAAAGCAAAAUGACAGAAGAUAUUUUGUCUUGUUUUCAGACAAAAACAACAUUUAGUGAUGUUUAUGGCUUAUAACAUAUAUAUAUAU